CGCCCUCACCGCCACGCGGGACCGCCCGCGCCAGUCAACUCCGCUCACUUUGCCCCUGCUUGGCAGCCGAUAAAAGGGGGCUGAGGAAAUACCGGACACGGUCACCCGUUGCCAGCUCUAGCCUUUAAAUUCCCGGCUCGGGGACCUCCACGCACCGCGGCUAGCGCCGACAUCCAGCUAGCGUGCAAGGCGCCGCGGCUCAGCGCGCACCGGCGGGCUUCGAAAUCGCAGUCCUCCGGCGUCCCCGAACUCCGCUCGGAGCCUCAGCCCCUGGAAAGCGAUCCCGGCAUCUGAGAGCCAAGAUGCCGGCCCACUUGCUGCAGGACGAUAUCUCUAGCUCCUAUACCACCACCACCACCAUUACAGCGCCUCCCUCCAGGGUCCUGCAGAAUGGAGGAGAUAAGUUGGAGACGACGCUCCUCUACUUGGAAGAAGACAUUCGCCCUGAUAUAAAAGAUGAUAUAUAUGACCCCACCUACAAGGAUAAGGAAGGCCCAAGCCCCAGGGUUGAAUAUGUCUGGAGAAACAUCACCCUUAUGUCUCUGCUACACUUGGGCGCCCUGUAUAGGAUCACUUUGAUUCCUACCUGCAAGUUCUACACCUGGCUUUGGCGGGUAUUCUACUAUUUUGUCAGUGCCCUGGGCAUAACAGCAGGAGCUCAUCGUCUGUGGAGCCACCGAUCUUACAAAGCUCGGCUGCCCCUGCGGCUCCUUCUGAUCAUUGCCAACACAAUGGCAUUCCAGAAUGAUGUCUAUGAAUGGGCUCACGACCACCGUGCCCACCACAAGUUUUCAGAAACACAUACUGAUCCUCAUAAUUCCCGACGUGGCUUUUUCUUCUCUCACGUGGGUUGGCUGCUUGUGCGCAAACACCCAGCUGUCAAAGAGAAGGGCAGUACGCUAGACUUGUCUGACCUAGAAGCCGAGAAACUGGUGAUGUUCCAGAGGAGGUACUACAAACACGGCUUGCUGUUGAUGUGCUUCAUCCUGCCCACGCUUGUGCCCUGGUGUUUCUGGGGUGAAACUUUUCAAAACAGCGUGUUUGUUGCCACUUUCUUGCAAUAUGCUGUGGUGCUUAAUGCCACCCGGCUGGUGAACAGUGCUGCCCACCUCUUCGGAUAUCGUCCUUAUGACAAGAACAUUAGCCCCCGGGAGAAUAUCCUGGUUUCACUUGGAGCUGUGGGUGAGGGCUUCCACAACUACCACCACUCCUUUCCCUAUGACUGCGCUGCCAGUGAGUACCGCUGGCACAUCAACUUCACCACGUUCUUCAUUGAUUGCAUGGCCGCCCUCGGUCUGGCCUAUGACCGGAAGAAAGUCUCCAAGGCCGCCAUCUUGGCCACCAAACACCGUAAAUUGUCGGGGGAGAGAGUUAGCAUGUAUGAAUGUAAGGAUGAGGGAAACGAAGCAAGAGGAACCUCUUGCCAUGAUCAGACAUGCAGCUGCCUACCUGGUGAGGACUUCAAGCCCCACCCUGGCUAG